AUGGGCCUCAUCUCACACGACUGUUCAGUCAAUAAGAUACGCUUCCUGGCCUCGGCGCAGGAGAGUUUCAAGUCAGCUCGCGGAUGUCUACCAUUGCCCUAUGUCUCGUCCGAGCACGGUCACUACUGUCAGUCUGAACUAUCUCCUCAAUACGGCGCGAUCGAUUCUUCUCCCACACCAAGCACGAUAGAAAGCUUCUACGCGUCGCCCACGCCGAAAACCGCGACUUCGAACGUCGCGCAGUCCGAAUCGGCAUGCAGCUUUGCAUUCACCGUUACACCCAUCCAGACCUUCAGAUCCAAUACGUCCUUUCCGGCAGUAUCACAGGACGGCUCGAAUGUGCCGGCAGAAGGAGGAGCAGAAGCGAAAGUGGAGUACGCAAGUCAGCAUCCCACUGUGCCAGAUAACCACUCUACACACAAGGACCGACUCAGUCAGAGCCUUAGCCGUACCCAUGCUCUGGCAGACGACCUCGUUCCGUCCCCUCUGUUUAGUCGAACACGCAAACAUGCACAAGUCACUCAGCCAGAAGAGCUCACUGCUCCUCGGCCCUUACCUCCACUUCCGUUUAACCACAAAUCCGACUUUGAGAUGCAGGGUUCUCGCGUCGUUCAAGUCCCGACAAUGCGCAAGACCGCGGUUCAAACUCUCAUUGCCCAAUACGAAGGGACUCUUCCUCUGCCACAGUCACUUGCCGAGCCGUCGACACCAUCACCAGUGACACCACGCUUUAAAAUGAUCCGCGAUGCUUUCAGUCCCGAUCCUCACAAUGACAGUCUAGAAGCCUACCUCUCCUCAGCGAGCUUGGCUCGAUACAACGCUUGCUUAUCAGACUUUGCAAAUCAAUUGCGCAAGCAUGUUCGUUUCGUGGAGUUCGAGAUCAACCGUGUGCAAAGUCUCCAACGAGAACGCACAGCUGCGCGAGCACUGUCCAAUAACCAAUUCGCGAGUUUCUGGUCCUUCGAACACAUCCAGACACCGCUAAGAGGUAGGAGCCGAACUCCUCGCUCUCCACCUCACGGCAGAAACAACGCAGACAAGGAAGAGAACCUGGACGAUCCGGCUGUCGUGGCCAAGACGGAGAGAGUGGAGAGAUUGAGAAAAGGUGGGUGGAAUGUGCGCAAAGACAAACACGGUUUCAAGGGUGUCGAGUGGUAUGAGACUCUCGCAAGCCGCGCCGAGCGAGACCUAGGCGAGUGUGAGAUGCUGGGAGCCUGA